GAAGAAGCCUGGAUGAAGCUUGCCCCAAAUAUGUGCGCGCGCAUAUUAGGUCGUCGCUGAUGCCAACCCUUCGCGUUCCGCGCGGUCCUUAAAUAAGUGUCGUGAUUGGCUUGAAGUUGGCAUGUAAAUAUGUAUGCCUGUUUGUGUGAUCGGCGCCUUACCGAAGACUGCAAAUGCCGACGCGAAUCGCUGGCCGCCGCGAAGCCGGAAGAGCAGGCACCGCGCUGGCCUCCAGGCAACAUGCGACAGUAGCUAUCCUGUAUCCACCGGUGUCAUGCCUUACACCAGUCGAGUGGGAGGCAGCUGAAUCGGCAGUUGGCAUGAUCGGGCAAAGUAACCACGUCGCGUCAACUUUGGCGCCAGUGGUCCCUUGCGUCAUGAGCACUGAAUGUAACUAAGCAUUGCUACUCGCCUGAUAAUUGCAUUAUCUUCACAGGAUUGCGCCGAGUCUAGACUCGCGCAGCGUUCUCCGCUGCUAGCGCGAAUCACCGUUGCCUAAGACUAUGACAAUUACAUUUGAGGUGUAUGAACACUCUAUAGGUACCAACCAGGUCUAGCAGCGCCGAUUUGGGCGUCACACGGGCCGCGUCGGUUUCCUCAAGAACGACUUAGCAAGCGAGCUGGCACCCAGCCCUAGGCCACGAAGCGCUCUAAGUUGUCAAGGAUACCCCUCAGCGCAUGAAAACCUAGCUCGCAAGCUUGCCCCGUGGCCAACCGCUGUGUCGGAGGUAUUUUCGCAUUCGCGUAUCGAGGACCUAUUUUCGGACGGUCGCCAGCAGGCCAGCUCGGCGGAAUAAAUGGAGACGGUCAUUGGCUCCAACCACGCACUAGGAUGGUCACCUGGAACUCUGCCACAAGCGCAUUCAAACGUUGACUGUCAGCAGCAGCAGCAGCAGCAGCAGCAGCAGCAACCACAGGUGCUGGUGCAGCCGCACCAGCAGCACAAAGCCCGGCGCAACGCUUCAGCCUUCUACAGUGAGGCACAAGGUAGCUCUUUGGCAAGCUGUAAAGCCGCGCGCCCAUCAUUUUAUGACAACAUGCUGGGCGAGCCACAGCAAGGGAUGGCGGGCGACGGCAGUAGCAGCGGUAGCGGCAGUAGCGCGGGCCUCCUCGGUGAUAGCCCAUUCCAACUGAACAACGGAUCCAGCAGUGGCCCAAAGCCGCGUCGAAUGGCUUAUGCCUGCUAUGGGGAUGGCGGGUGCGGCGGCGCGCCUGCUGUUGGUGGCAUCCCUGUUGGAGGCUACGGGCUUGGUGGCGGUGACGGUAGCCGCGGCAAUUGCGGCGCUGGCACUGCCGCCGCCGCCGCUGCGGUGCCUGCAAUGCUGCAGCCGGGGGGACUAGGGGGCCUUGAGCCCUGUAUGCAGACCCGACAGCAUCAGCAGCCACAGCAGCAGCUGACUCAUCACGGCCUCGCGCCCUGCCCGCGGCCCAAGCAGGAGCACCUGGAGCAGCAGCAGACGGGAUUUGACUCGCACGCGGCGGCGGGUGGGUGGGCGCUGUCGCCACCUCCCGCGCCCACGAACCCGCAGGCACCGCCGUCUCUUGCCAGGACCACCGUCGCAUCCGCGCCGGAUUCGCUGCAGCCGCUGCAGCCAAUGGCGGGGGAGGGCGAGGGCUGUGACGCUGACAGCACGGACACCGACUACGGCUGUGAGGACGUAGGCGGCGUGCCGCUCACGCUGCCGCCGCCCGUGAGCGUGCAGGUUUCCAGCCGCAGUCGCAAGGUUGUGGAUUGCGUCAGCGGCAAGGGCAAACUGACUCUGGGCGUGGUGGGCGUGUUCUACCCGGAGAUAUACAUCAAGGGCGGUGAUUGCAUCGAGUUAAACGGCAAGAUGAUCAGCAGGGGCAGGUUUGAGAAGCUGGCCGGCUCCGCCACCGCCAAGUGGCACGUGAGCAUCAAGGUGCUCCCCUCAGGCACCACCAUUGGCAAGUGGCUGCAGCAGCAGGGGCUGCCGGUGCUGCAGGGGCAGCCGCGAGCGAAGCGGAGCACUAAGGGAGUCUCCAAGCGGCACUCGUCCUCGCGGAGGCCGCAGAAGCUAAAGCAGACGCGCACGGAGAAGGGGCAGCAGGCGCAGCCUCACGGGUCAGCAGCGGCUGCUGCCGGAGGCGACAACGGUGGCGCCGGUAAUGCGGACGACGGGGAGGGGUAUGAGGCCGAAGCCGCACCGCCGGAGGAGGCUGCGGAGCACCCGGCGACAACAGGCGGCCGUGGCGGCCGACCGGGCGGCAGGCCGUUGCAUGGCAUUGGCGGUGGGGUGAACACGACUGAAGUCUCCAGCACUCUGUUGGCUGCUGCCUCAGCAGCGGCGGCUGUAGCCGCGAGUGCACGGCGUCGCCAGCCACGCCGCAGCGACGGUGCCGUAGCUGCGGCGGGCCGGUUAGGCCGGCGGGUGGGUGCGCCCGGCGGCGGCCAUGGCGAGGGGGCUGCCGCCGCCAGGGCCGCACCGGCAUCGGGCCUAAGCCGCCGCCAGCACGGCAACGACACCAACAGCCUUAGGCUUGCCGGCGGCCUAGGCGCCGGGCUUGGCAGUGGCGACAGUAGUGUGGGCGCUAGCGGAGGCGGAGGCGGUGAUCGCGGGAGGCUCGGAACCAGCGGUGGCGGCGUUAAGUUUGAGCGGUCGUUGGAGGACUCGCGGCUGACGCUACAGCCACAGCAACCGCACAAGCAGCAGCUACAGCCUCCGCGGCCAUACCCGGAACGGGUGUCAUCUCAGGGCUCGCUGCUGCUACAGCCUGGGCGGUCGAGCUUGCAUGGUGGCGGGGCGGUCGCUGGCGGCGGCGGGGACAGCAGCAGCAGCCUGCCGUACCUGCCGCCGUACUCGGCGGCGGCGAUGCACGGUGGCCGCGGAAGCAGCAUGCACGGUGGCGGCGGCGGCGGCAGCAGUAGCAGCACACCGCUCAUGCCACUCCACCUCAGGGGCUCGUCAGCUGCAACGCUGCCACUGCAACAUCGUGACAGUAUCUCCGGUCACUCCGGUCACCUCGCCUGUGCUCCACCGGAGGGGCGCGUUGCUGGGCAGCACCAGCAGCACCAGCAGCACCAGCAGCAGGCUGCCGGUGGUGCCGCGCUAGACACCGAUUUCGACCCAAUGCUGUUUACAUUGCUGGGUGUUGGUGACAUCAUGGAGGAUGACGUGCCUGCGUGCGACGCCACGCUUGCCGGAAGCGAGCGGCCGCACCAGCAUCAGCACCAGCACCAGCGGCCGCAACAUGACGGCUCUGCCGCCGGCGGCAGUUGGGGCCCCAUGGCUCCCCAGCAGUGCACCAUGCAUGGCGACGGCGCCCACGUCCCACAGCAGCGUGCCCCGUGGCCCGACCGCGAGCUAGGAGCCCACAACGCCAUGAACAGCAGCGGCGGCAUGCAGCGUAGCUAUGAGGGGCUGCCGACAGCGAGGUUUCGCACGGCGCCAACGUCGAGCUUCGAUUCGCCCUUUCUCGAGUCUCAGCGUGCAUUGCACCACCAGCAGCAGCACUACAGCCGCCCUGAGUACCACCAUAACCAGCACCACCCUCACACCGAUGGGUUUGCCCCGUCUUCCUUUCUUUCCACACAUCCGCUGCGGCCACUGCCACCUUCUCUUAUGCUUGGCGAUGGCGGCGUGCCUGCGAUGACGUCAGGUGCAGCCGCGCCGCCCGUGGCCACAGGCGGGCCGUGGCGCUCAUCCGGCGACAGCGGUGGCGGGCCAGCAACGCUUCAAUAUGCGGGUUCGGUCGGCGUGGGCAGCAGCUCCGAAGCCGCUGCUGCAAUGCAAGGCGGCGCAACGUGCGUUGGUGGCGGCAGCGGCAUCCUCAGCAAGCUCUCUUACAGCGGCAGCACUAGCAGCAACUUGGGUGUGCCGCCGCCGGUGGGCGCGCCAGCAGGUGGCGGCAGCACCCCCGGCGUCGUUGCGGCCCCCAUAGCUGCCGGCGCCGGCACCAGCGGCGGCGGCUUCGGCUCCAUCGCCAUGCAGCAGGCGGGCCACGACAGAUGCUACAGCAACAACAACCCCGUGGCCCGUGGCAGCAGCAAUGGUGGUUUUGCGGCGGGGAUGGGACCUGCCGCUCCUGCUGCUGCUGCUGUGCAUACUGGCGCUGUCCCCGGCGUCGGGAGCAGCGCCCCCGGCAGUGCCGGCAUACAUGCCUUAUACGGUGAACAGCAUCAUCGCUGGCAGCCCACACAGCAGCAUCAGCAUCAGCAACAGCAGCAGGGUAGUCCUGUGGCAGCAGUGCCCACAGGCAACGGAACGCCCGCCGUUUCCGCGCCUGGAGAGAGCUUGUUCGUACGCCGUCAGGCUCGCCAGCAGGCACCUGUCGGCGAUGGGGCCGGCGGUGCAUACGAGCACAGCCCCGCUGCCCCUCAGGCCGCAUCACAACCGCCGCUGUUAUGGCAGCAGCUUGCGCCGUCAUCGGGGAUGCAGCAACAGCCGCCGCAGCAGCAGCAGCAGCAGCAGCAGCAGCAGCAGCAGCAGCAGUGGCCCGUUAGGGCUGAGGCUGCUGCAAUAGGGACGGGCCACACCAGCGUGCGUGUGUCAUCAGCAGUGAACGGCAUGGGGCAACAGAUGAACUGGGAGCCUUCCGCAAAGCCGGUAAGCACGACGGCAACAGCAGCAGGGCAGCCGCCAUCCGGCCCGAGUAGUGGGCUUCCUGUGUUCUCUACCUUUGGCGGCUGCCAGCAGCAGGAGCAAGCAGUGCUGCUGUCCCAGCGGUUCGGGCACAUUGUUGGCGCGGCUGCAGGCGACGGGUCCACAGUCAGCAUGCCUGCUGCAGGUGGCACGAGCAGUUGGUGGACAGGUGGCCAGCAGCAACGCGCACCGCAGCGGUUGGGAGUGCCCGGCACACCCAGCGACCCGUGGGACAUGCCGUACCAGCCCCGGCAGCUGCAACCGCAUACCCAACUGCCACCGCCCCAAAUUUCUCAUCAGUCGCCGCAGCCGCCAACGCUGCAGCGGCAUGCGGCAGUGGCGGCACCUGACUGCCCACCGCAGCAGCACCAGCAGCAUCACGCGCAUCAGCACUCGUUUUCCUGGCACCAGUAUCAAAACGGCCACUCGCACCAACCCCACCAGCAACAGGUGCAAUCGGGCUCGCACUUUUCGGCCUACCAGCGCCAACAGCAGCAGCAGCAGGAGCAGCAGCGGGGUGCGGGGCUGCAGCAGCCGUGCUACCCCCAGCAGCAGCCGGCAUCGGAGGGCUGGAGGCCACAGCCACAUCACCAGGGGCAGCAGCAGGCGCAGCAGCGGUGCAGCUUUGACUGCGGCAGGCCAGCCGUCAGCGGCCCUGCCUACCCACAAUCGGGUUCCGCGCCGGUGCUAGCUUCGUCAGCCCAGCAGCAACAGUAACCGUACAAUCCCUUCCCGGCACAACAGGGACCAGCGGCGUAGGUCCACUGCCACUCUCAGCAGCAGCCGAACACUUGGCCGUACAGCAGACGGCUUGGUCAGUUAUGCGUGCGGAACUAACAGGCAGGGGUUCUACUGCCUUGCAAAGGAUUUCCGCCCAAAAAUAGAUGACUCCGUGCUGUAUGAGCCGCGUUGGCGUUCUGUACAGUACGUAAGGAACGCCUACUAUGACUAACUAAUGAGUUUCACGCAGGGGAGGUUCAAUGAGUGGGUCAGUGGGCAAGUCAGUGGGUGUGUAAGUAGGUGCGUGUGGGAGAACUGUGUUUGUUCGUACAGUUCGUGCUCGUGCGCUCGUUCGUGGGAGACAUGCCACCAGGGCAUAUGUCAUUCAGGUGGAUGGUUGAGACGAAGAGUGUAUGCUAUUGAGCAACGUCGUAUCCUGCACGAGGUUUGGAAUACUUACCCACCGCCGAUGCGACAGACACACGUGACACUCAUGACACUCAUGACACACACACAUACACACACACGCACGCACACUGUUGCCGUCUGGGCGGGCUUUCGUUUCGUUUUUAAACACCCACACACACACCCACACACGAAUACACACACAUAUACACAAACACACACACUACUCAACCCGUAUUGCCACGCGUCGUCAAGCAACCUUAGUCUUUGGGCAUGCGAGUGUUUAUUUCCUCACCAAGCAUGGUAUGGUCGUAGCAACAUGCUUACUUUCGCUCCUCCAGUGCUCGUACAUACUGCUACUUUCAUUCUUCUCAGAUUAAUCAGCAGUCGAUGAGCAGGGUGGGCGCGUCCGUGCCAAUGCGCAAGGCGGACGCGUCUGUAUGUGAUUGUGUUCGACACGCACUGAUCAGGCUACCUAACUGUGAAUAAUGGCUGGUCAGGCGAACGUUGCAUACACGUUAGCCUGACGAAUAAUGGCUGGUCGGGCGAAAGUUGCACAUACACACGUAAGCGUGGGCAUUGGAAUAACAACCCUUGAACCAAAAGGUUGAGUGGCUGACCUGUGCUCCUGCUAACGUGCGUGCGUAGGUCAUUACUAUAGGGUGGUUAGUGUGCGGUGUUUGUUGUAAGUAGCGCGACAAAUUUGAGGAUACAUGCAUGCUUCAGCAGGGGGUCCAGGCGCCAGAGCCCCGGUGCACCCGCACCCGCACACUGCAGCCUGCGUAUUGGUACCGCGCGCCUGCUCGGCGCUGCGACUGUACUGUGUCUUGGCUGUCUUGCUGGCAUGACCUAAUCCGUAGAUACUGUGUGUAGGUUGAGCGGCUCGCUCGCUUGUGGUGAUACGAUCGUGCAUGGUUGCGAACAGAGCGGAGCCGGAGAAUGACAUGUUUGCUAGCUAUGUAUCUGAACAGUGCUCGCUUG